AAUUUUCUUAUUACAACAUCCAGUGUGAAUAAAAAACAAAACCUUUGUAUUUGUCAACCUUGUGCUUCCACUGCUCAGACGGUACAGUAGCUGAUAUAAGUGCCAACAAACCAAAAAAAGACAUGCGCAGUGGUUCAUCUCAAUCCAUCUCCAUCUUGCAACUGCCAUUUAGUAUAGUUUUAAUCGUAAAAUGAUUGUUUACCACAAUAAUGUUUUUCUUCAACCUUUCUUUUUUGUUCAUAUCUUAGUUUCCUACUAACACUUUAGAUAUGCAUCCUUCAAUUGAUAACUGCAACGAAACACCGGUGUCUCAGGAGAGAAAGCGAAGGAGACUAAGUAUGGCUAGCACAUAUUUAUCCACAACUGGUGAGAACAAGGAAAAUAUCAACCCAACAAACACAGAUGCUUAAUCAGUAACACAGGUUUCUUUUAAGGCUUCACCCCUUCAAACCAUUUAGGCAAGAACCUCAAUAAAUCCACUCCAUACUGGACCGUCUGAACCACGUGACAACCUAAGAAAUAUGUUGAAGAGAGCAAGAGGUAAUCUUCAAGACAUUGUGAAUGGCAUCAACAUGUUCGGUUAGCCGCAAGCUACAAUGGCAUCAAAAAUAUGUAUACCUGGCAGAAAUGUCUCCCCAGUUGGUGAGAACAAGGACAAUAUCAACCCAACAGACAUUGAUGCUCAAUCGAUAACACAUGUUUCUUUCAAUACUCCACCCCUUCAAUGGAAUUCGGCAAGAACUUCAACCAAUCCACUCCAUACUACGUCGUCUGAAUGACAUGACAACCUAAGAAACACUUUAAAGAGAGAAUAGGUAAUCUUCAAGAUGGAGUCAAUGAAAUCAACAUGUUUAAUGAUCCGCAACCUUAUCCAAUUGAUUGUGCUAAUAUCCAUAGCAACCAAAAUGAUGCAUCAUCACACAAAAUUGCUCAAUUUAAUACUCCUAUUUCAUUCAAUAAUGCACCCCUUCAAUGUCCUCCGUCAAGUUCAAGAACAAAUCCACUACAUACUCGCUCCUCUGAACAUCAUCACAACCUAAGAAAUACUUUUAAAAGAGCAAGAAGUGGAUUUCAACAUGGAGUCAACCUUAUCAACAUGUUCGACUCUACACAACCUUCUCAACAUGAGACUCCAAAUAUAGUGUGUUCACAUAACCAUGUUGCACCAACUUCAUUCGCUGCAAUGAUGCCAUCAACAUACCCUCCCAAUUCAGUCCAACAUGGAGAUUCUACAGAUGAUAAUUCAAGUAAUUCUGAUUCCGACAUCUCUGUUGAAAACGACUCUGAUUUGGGUGAUUCUGAAAUACCCGUUGCUUUAGGAAAUCCAAAUAACCAGGAAUUUCUGGAUAUCGGUGAUCCGGUGUGGGAAUGCCAACACUGUGGUGCGUUAAUAUGGUAUCACGAACGUAAAGAUAAGUUCAGACAUACUACUGUCCCAAAUUUUCCACUAUGUUGCAAAGGAGGGAAAAUUGUUCUUGAUAUGUUACAAACACCGCCACCUGUAUUAAAUAAGCUUUUGUUUCAUCACAAUCAUCCCGACGCCAAGAACUUUCAACAAAGCAUUCAAACAUAAACGCCAUGUUUUCAUUUACAUCACCGGGGAUGAAAUUUGACACUACACAAUCCACCGGGGAAGGUCUUCCUACAUUACGAUUACAUGGUCAGACGUGCCACCGAAUUGGCAGUUUGUUACCUGAAGAAGGAAAAUCGCCCAAGUAUGCUCAACUAUAUAUCUUUGACACGGACAAUGAGGUCGAUAACAGAAUGAAGUGUUUCAAGGACAAUACAAAUAUAGAUAAUAACAUAGUUACACAGUUAAAGUUGGUGUUAGAUGAGUACAACCCUCAUGCUAAAGCUUUCAGGAUGGCAAGGGAUAUGAUGAAACAAACUGGUUACCAAGAACUGAAGCUAAAGCUUAUUGCUGAUAGAUCUGAGGAAGGUCGUGUUUAUAACCACCCUACCGUGUCUGAAGUUACUGCUCUAAUCGUUGGGGAUACUGAUUCUGGAUCUAAGAGAGACAUCAUAGCUCAACAUCGUGAUGGAAAAUUACAGAGAAUUUAUGAGUUCCACAAAAUUUACCUUGCAUACCAAUACCCUUUGAUCUUCCCUUAUGGUGAAGAUGGCUAUCGGCCAAACAUACUGCACAAAUAUAAACAUGAACAGGUUGUUACCAGGAAAAAUAGUCAAACCGUAAAACAAUGGUUAUAUUUUCGAUUACAAGAACGGACUGUAGAGGCUAAAACCUUACUGCAUUCCAGAAGACUCUUGCAACAGUUUUUAGUUGAUGGCUACACAGUGAUGGAGUCUGAACGUCUAAAUUGGUUGAGGAAAAAUCAAUCCAAACUUCGAGUCGGUAAAUACCAGAAGUUGAAUGAUCAAUCCCAGCAACAACAUCGUAAUCAAAACCACAAACGUGGCAGAUGUGUUGUCUUGCCUUUGUCAUUUGUCGGAUGUAAGCGAUUCAUGGAUUAGCUCUAUUUCGAUGGAAUGGCUAUUUCAAGUGCACUCGGCUUUUCGGAUUUAUUCAUCACUUUUACGUGCAACCCAAA